CGAUACUUUGGGCUUACAUUAAUUAACAGAUCAUAUAAGAUAAGAUAAAUAGAUAAUAAUCCCCUUUCAUGCUAUAUAUAUAAAUCAAGUAGUGCGUAUUCUUCAUGCAAGUUUAUGUUGUCAUUCGUCAACCUCUACAAUCGUAUUAUCUUCUUCAUAUAACCUACUCGAAUAACCACGUUAUUCAUGGAUCAAAUCGUUCCGAACAUGCGUCAAGAACAGCCUGAUUAUCUCGAUAACCUGCCUCCAGGCUAUCGGUUUUGCCCAACGGAUUCAGAACUCAUACUCUACUACCUAAAACCAAAGAUUGAAACCGGAAAACAUCCCAAAUGCCGGAUAUACGCGGUCAAUCUUUACAACCACAGUCCUGAAGAACUUACAAAUCAAUACCGAGCUUGUGAUGACAAAUGGUACUUUUUUACACCAAGAGAGCGAAAAUACGAAAAGGGGAAUGUACCUAAUAGAAGAACCGGGGACUUGGGGGUUUGGAAAGCAAGUCAGAAGUAUACAUUGGUUUAUCAUCAUGAUGCGACUGGAUCGCGAGUGGUGGGAACGAAAAGAGGUUUAGGAUAUCAUGACAGGACGGGUUGCAAGACAUCAUGGCUAAUGCAGGAGUAUGCUAUGAAUGAUCCAAAUCUUCCAAUUAAAAGCCGACAAGACAGUAACAAGGUUUUAACUGAUUGGGUGAUCUGUAAGAUUUAUAAGAAGAAUAGUACCAAUGAGACGAAGAACAGUAUAGCUCAAGCUCCUCGUCAAGUGUUUGCAAGUGAAGGAACUGGUGAAUAUCAACAAAAUAUUUCAAUGGCAUACCCUAAAAACACUGCUCAAAUCCCACAUGGUGCUACAGCCAUCACUUCACAUGUUUAUGUUGCACAAUCGCGCGCUUACGCAUCUCCAGUGUUGGAUCAGAUCGUUCCACAAAAUCAGUCCAUGUCGAACGCUACAAGCAGUUUUCGAUAUUAUGAGGUUCCUUCAAAUUCUACUUCAGCCGAAUCGCUUGUUGAUGCUGCACUACCAUUUGGUUAUACAACUCCAGUGACUUCAGAAGAUGUUGCUAUGGAUGAUUUCAAUACAACACAGUCAGUUGUUGACAAGGACGACAUGUUGGUGAUUGAUGAUUGGAUUUCUUUUGAUGAUUUCAUGAAAACAUACUGAGAUAGUUAAUGUAACUUUUGAGUUC